AUGAAUAAGGGGAACGCAACCAUAGGGGUUAAGCGUGUGACUCACCGAAUCUACUGCAAGCGAUUCCACUACACGCGGCCGCUGGAAGCCUCCGCGGCGGGGGGACCGAGUCGCGCCGCUCAGUCGGGCGCCGGCUACGACCAGCGCCGGUCGCACGCAUGGGCCGCGGUCCGUGACGGCAUGCACGCGCUUGCCGCGCUCGCGGCUUGCUGCGUGGUCGCCCGCGCCGAGCCCGCCGCGCGGCUCGCACCGCGAAACUCCACCCCCUCUCACGUCCUCCAGUGCAGCGAUGGACUCGUCCUACCCGCCUGGAAACCCCUCGAAGAUGUCCCCACUCUUGAACUCGCUAUGCGCGGCGUCAUCUACUUCAUCUCCCUCAUGUAUCUUUUCAUCGGAGUCUCCAUCGUCUCCGACAGAUUCAUGGCCGCCAUUGAAGUCAUCACGUCCAGGGAAAAAGAGGUGCGCGUGCGGCGGAACGGAAGCGAGCAAAUCGUUGUCGUCCGAGUAUGGAACGAAACUGUUGCCAACCUAACCCUCAUGGCGUUAGGGUCUAGUGCUCCAGAGAUCUUACUCUCAGUUAUCGAGAUAGCCGGGAAGGACUUCGAAGCUGGUGAUCUAGGGCCGGGCACCAUCGUCGGCUCCGCUGCUUACAACUUAUUCGUCAUCAUGGCCAUAUGCGUUGUGGUCAUCCCUGAUGGAGAAGUGCGCAAGAUCAAGCAUCUCAGGGUUUUCCUUGUGACUGCAACUUGGUCGAUAUUCGCGUACGUGUGGCUCUACCUCAUCUUAGCAGUGAUAUCACCCAGCGAAGUAGAAGUUUGGGAGGGAGCUGUGACCUUCCUUUUCUUCCCGGCGACAGUUUUAACAGCAUACAUUGCGGACCGACGACUUCUAGUCUACAAGUAUUUGAAAAAAGGAUACCGAGUUAAUGAACGCGGAGUCAUCGUGGAAGCGGAAGGUGAUGGCUCUGUGGAGAUGGCAUUGAAGCCGAGUGGUGAUGAUUUCGCAUCAGACGAUGAGGAGGGCCGUGAGAUUGAGAAGUCUCGAAGAGAAUACGUGGCAGUUCUUCGAGACUUAAGGAGACAGCAUCCGGAAGAAGAUCUAGAUACUGUGGAGCGAAUGGCGCUGGAGACUCUCAUGUCUCGCGGUCCGAAGUCCCGAGCAUUUUACCGAGUGGCCGCAACAAGGAAAAUGACCGGAGGUGGGGAUUUCUCGCGAAAAAUAUCGGAGCGAGCUCAAAGUGAUCUGAGUGAAGUGAAAGCUGAAUUGCAGAGGCGUGAGUCUGGUUCCCCGUCGAUCGAGCCGAAGGGUCCUAACGUCAGAUUUGACCCUGAUCAUUAUACUGUGAUGGAGAACUGUGGUUCUUUUGAAGUGAGAGUUGUCCGCGGCGGAGACCUAACUGGGGAGAUUUCCGUGCAGUAUACCACGGAAGAUGGCACUGCUGAAGCAGGUUCAGAUUAUGUGGCUGCUCAAGGGUCUCUGCUAUUCAGACAUGGCGAGACAGAGAAGACGUUUAGCGUCCAAGUGAUCGAUGAUGACGUGUUUGAAGAAGACGAGCACUUCUACGUGCGUUUGACUUCUCCAAAGAACGCUUCUUUGGCUUCCCCGUCCACGGCGACUGUAGUGAUUUUAGACGAUGAUCAUUCCGGUGUGUUUUCGUUCCCCCAACGGGACUUCGAGCUGACCGAGUCAGUGGGGACUUUUGAUCUUCGGGUGAUGAGAACGGCCGGUGCCAGGGGCAAGGUGCGGAUACCGUACUGGACGGAGGACGGCACAGCGAAGAGUGGUGCUCAGUAUGAAGCAGCGCAGGGACACAUCGUCUUCGAGAACAACGAAACUGAAAAAUUCAUCCCCCUCCACAUAAUAGAAGAGGACAGCUACGAGAAAGAUGUGCUGUUCUACGUGAACCUCGGCGAGCCAGAGUUACUAGGAGAAGUAUUUGAGACGUUUCUGCCAGACGUGUCUGCGAAGAUCACCGUCGAAUUUUCUCCUGACGAUGACCAUCCUAUUGUGCCUGGUGACGAAGUGACGCACCUGGCGACCUUGCCUGAGGAGGAGGCGGUGGUGGCCAUGAUGGGACUGCCUCGCUCUGGAGAGAUCACCCGAGCACAGCUGAGGAUUAAGGAAAGCAAAGAGUUUAAGAACACUGUAGAUAAGUUAGUCCAAAGAGCAAACGCUUCCAUUAUAAUUGGGACUUCGUCGUGGAAGGAGCAGUUCACAGAAGCUUUGACUGCCAGCUCAGGUUCAGACGACCCCGAUGAACCACCGUCGUGGUCUGAUUACAUACUUCACGUAGUCACGCUCUUCUGGAAGAUCAUUUUCGCAUUCGUCCCUCCUACUGACAUAGGUGGCGGUUACGUCUGCUUCGUGGUGUCCAUCAUUUGCAUUGGGCUGGUGACGGCCGUCAUAGGCGACGUGGCGUCACACUUCGGCUGCACCCUCGGCAUCAAGGACUCGGUCACUGCCAUCGUCUUUGUUGCUUUGGGGACUAGCAUACCAGAUACUUUCGCCAGCAAAGUGGCAGCCAUCCAGGAUAAGUAUGCGGACGCGUCCGUGGGCAACGUCACGGGUUCCAACGCCGUCAACGUCUUCCUGGGAAUCGGGGUGGCCUGGACCGUCGCCGCCAUUGUGCACUGGAGCAGGAACGAGAAGUUCCUUGUUGAUCCUGGAAAUCUAGCCUUCAGCGUCACAAUGUUCUGCUCGGAAGCCUGCCUCGCUGUGCUGGUCCUGGUCCUCAGAAGACGCAAGUCCAUCGGCGGCGAGCUCGGAGGCCCCCGCUGCGCCAAGAUCGUUACUUCCAUCUUCCUCUUUUCACUCUGGCUCUUCUACCUUACCGUUUCCAGCUUGGAAGCUUACGACGUCAUCCAAGGGUUUUAAUCUAGUAUUUGUAGGUUUUGUUUUGACUGAUGCUUCGCUUGGACUGAAGCUGAUUGUGUUACAAUGUGGACUUUUUCAGUACUUGGAA